AUAAAUUUCUCAAGUUUACAAUGAGAUAGACACAACUACAAUAUCUAGCAACAUAAUAUAGCAAAAAUGGAUUGCAAGAUUUCUUCAACAAAGUUGGCUUGUAUUGUUGCUUAUUUACUUGUUGCAUGCUUUUUUCAACUUCUUAUGGCAAACGAGGAGGUCAAGUUAAAUGAUGAGUUAAACGUCAUACAACUUCCAGAGGCAAACUCAGAGGCACUUGAUGGUGUGAAUCAAGUGUUUGUAACACGAUAUGAUCGACAACAUGUUGUUGGUCCAAAUAAAAUUGGGGUAUGUAUAGACCCACCUCCUUGUGGAUCUGACAGUGAGUGUGCAAACUCACCUUGUGGUCACAGAUGUUUGAGGGAUGGGUGGGGACUUCGUUUCUGUCGUUUUUAAUAUUCUAUGCCAUGGCAUGGAACUCUUCAUGUUUUAUUUUAUCGGAAUAAAAUUGCGUGUAUUUAAAAAUUUGUAAUCACAAAUAUUUAAUUUUUUUUUAAAAAAUAAAGAUUUGUGAUUU